ACAAGUAGUAGUACAGACUUUCUCUUCUGAGAAGUCUUCUUCAAUCCAAUCAAGCUUCUGUUCCUCCCAAAUCGAUUCGCCUCGCCCCCAACCCCUUCAUCAUCCAUGGCGACUCUCACCAUGCAGCCGAUCGAUCCCGCCCCGGCCGCCCAUGAAGGCUCAGGGGGUAAUAAGGUCGCCGAGGAUGGUGGCGAUUUGGGUGACAUCGACUCGGGAUGGGUUUUCCUCGGGAAAUCCGACAUCGUUCCGGCGGAUUUGGCCGCCGCUGCUGCUGCCCACGGCGGCCUCCGCUCUUCUUCGGCGAUUCCUACCUGGGCGCGGUGGGUGCUUGGGGGUGUGGUGUAUACGGUGGUGCCAUUCUACAAGAGAGUCAGGACUUAUGAAGACGAGACUGUGGGAUAUGUGGAGACUGCUGUAGAGGUUGUGGAGCAUGCAGCUGAGGCAACGGAGAAGCUAGCUGCUAAUGUGGCAGACCAACUUCCUGAGAAUGGUUCCCUGCAGAAAGCAUUGGAGAAGGUUGAGUACAUUGCUGAUGUAGUGGAUAAGGAUGCAGAGAAGUUUGAAGCCAUUGUUGAGAAGAUUGACAAGUACAGUGACAAGAUCGAUGCUGAAGUAGAGCCUGUCAUCGAGGAGCUUGAAAAGGAACUCAACCAAUUAUAGCAUCCUGGCGUAAAAUGCACAGAUAUGCGUUCGCCGGUCGCUUAGAGGAGAAUGUGCUCCCCGUUGUACAUACUAUAGGAGUAUUAUUAUCUCAUGUGAAUAGCUUGUAAUUAUUCGUGCCGUUCUCUAUGAAUGACAGCACCUAGAUUAUAAUAAGGCGUGGUGAUGAUGUGCGGGUUGCUCAAAGUGGAUGUACACAUACAAGUAUUGAGAACAUUGGAUACAGAAACGGUAUUGAAAACAUUGGAUGUAAAUCUCUAGGAUUGAUAUCAUUUGGAAUGUAAAACAUUACUACACUAUUGUCCAGAAGAAAGGAGAACCAAAUGCUGAAAUGAAAAGGAGAUUCUGGACCUGUCGAUUCA